AUGAAGGAGCCGUCGAUGGAGAGAGAGAACGGAGCAUCGGCUUUAACCGCGGCGGCGACGGAGAUGGUUUCUCCUCCUCCGAUGACGAAUUCGCCGCGUCAAGCGUUGGUCGAGAGAUUGAAAGAUUAUGGACAAGAAGAUAUCUUCGCUCUCUGGGAUGAGCUCUCCCCAGACGAACGAGAUUUCCUCGUCAGAGAUAUCGAGAAUUUGGAUCUUCCAAGAAUAGAUCGGAUCAUCAGAUGCUCACUUCACUCUCAAGGCUUGCCAGUGGCGGCGAUAGAGCCAGUGCCGGAGAAUUGGGUAUCAACAGUUGAUGGAAGAACAAUGGAAGACAGAGAGAAAUGGUGGAAAAUGGGAUUAAAGACAAUCUAUGAAGGAAAAUUAGGAGUGGUGCUUUUAUCUGGUGGACAGGGAACAAGGCUUGGAAGUUCAGAUCCAAAAGGAUGUUUCAAUAUCGGACUUCCAUCAGGGAAGUCGCUCUUUCAGAUUCAAGCAGAGAGAAUCUUGUGUGUUCAAAGACUUGCUGCUCAAGUAAUGAGUGAAGGUCCAGUUCGACCGGUUACAAUACACUGGUAUAUUAUGACUAGUCCAUUUACUGACGAGGCCACACGAAAAUAUUUCUCGAGUCACAAGUACUUUGGCCUUGAACCAGAUCAGAUCAGUUUUUUCCAACAAGGUACUCUGCCUUGCGUUUCAAAGGAUGGAAAGUUUAUCAUGGAGACACCUUUCAGUCUAGCUAAAGCUCCAGAUGGGAAUGGAGGAGUCUACGCAGCUCUAAAGUCUUCAAGGUUAUUAGAGGAUAUGGCUUCUAGAGGGAUUAAAUACGUUGAUUGCUAUGGCGUUGACAAUGUCCUGGUUCGAGUAGCUGACCCUACUUUUCUUGGAUACUUUAUCGACAAAGGAGCUGCUUCAGCUGCAAAAGUUGUACGGAAGGCAUAUCCUCAAGAACAGGUUGGAGUAUUUGUUAGAAGAGGAAAAGGUGGACCGUUGACUGUAGUUGAGUACAGUGAGCUAGAUCAGUCAAUGGCUUCUGCUAUUAAUCAACGAACAGGACGUCUUCUAUAUUGCUGGAGUAACGUGUGCUUACACAUGUUCACUCUAGAUUUUCUUAAUCAAGUAGCGACCGGCCUAGAAAAAGACAGCGUGUACCAUUUGGCAGAGAAGAAGAUACCAUCUAUGAAUGGUUACACAAUGGGGUUGAAACUAGAGCAGUUUAUUUUCGACUCGUUUCCUUAUGCUCCUUCAACCGCACUCUUUGAGGUGUUAAGAGAAGAAGAGUUUGGACCGGUGAAGAAUGCAAAUGGGUCCAAUUUCGAUACACCGGAAAGUGCGAGGCUUUCGGUUUUGAGGCUACACACACGUUGGGUUAUAGCAGCUGGUGGAUUUCUAACACAUUCUGUGCCUUUAUACGCAACUGGUGUUGAGGUUUCACCGUUGUGCUCGUACGCUGGAGAAAAUCUUGAAGCUAUUUGUCGUGGAAGAACGUUUCAUGCACCUUGUGAGAUUUCCCUCUAA